GACUGCAGACACAGUACAGGAGAUGACCAGAGACUGCGGACACAGUACAGGAGAUGACCAGAGGCUGCGGACACAGUACAGGAGAUGACCAGAGACUGUGGACACAGUACAGGAGAUGACCAGAGACUGCGGACACAGUACAGGAGAUGACCAGAGGCUGCGGACACAGCGGACCAGAGACUGUGGACACGGUACAGGGGAUGACCAGAGACUGUGGUCAUAGUACAGAUGACCAGAGACUGCAGACAGGGGAUGACCAGAGACUGCAGACAGUACAG